AGGGAAGAGGGCGCCUGAGAGUGAAGCGAGCGAGAGAGCACUAGGCUCGAGGGACAAGAACAUUGGGCCAAGCGGUUACGGGGGAUGGCACGAGGGAAACCGGCGAUGCCCGCAGCACGCGGCCUCUAAAACAUGCCUCUUCUGCUUCGCUACACACCCACCGUCUCCAUCCGAUAGAGAUUUUUACCUUUGAAUUUAACUGCGGACUCUGGCGGAGACGACGACCUUCUCAUGCCUGCCUGCAACGUUCCCCGCCUGCACUCAACUCCUCCUUCUCUCAUCCCAUCGCCCAUUCUUAGCAAUUAAUGUUCUCUUUUUUCACUUUACUCAAUCUCGACACCUUUUUUUUUUACGCACAUGUAGGUGCGAAAACAUAUAGAGAGAGAGCAGCUUCUUGGUUCCACCUUCCGCUGCAGCUCCUGGUAAUCCGUCCAGUAAUCGGUAUCCGCCGUAUUAUUAUAUAAAUAGCUUACCUUGUAAGGGGGGAGGAGAAAAAGAAGAAGCGCAAGCGAAGGUGAUUUCUUCUUUUCUCUUCAUUUGUUGGCAAUGGCCGAUCUUUUCUUUCCUCCAACUCUGCUCCUCCUCUUCCUUUUGCUCUCUCUUCCCUUUCUGUACUUGAGCCAGAGGAGGAGGUGGGCCAGGGACGGCAUACCACCCCCCCCCCCCCCCCCCCCCCCCCCCCCCGCCGGCACUCUUGGGCUUCCUCUGUUGGGCGAGACGCUGAAACUCAUUUCGGCUUAUAAGACCACGAACCCGGAGCCUUUCAUCGACCAAAGGAGAGAUUGGGCCCGGAUCUUUCGUUUAUGUUUUAGAGUGCGGAGCUGGGAAAUUGCUUGCCAUCUUGGUGUUAAUGGAGUCGAUCAUUGAGGCUGCAGAUCAGUAGAGUUGUCCACAGGCCAUAUCAUGUUUCUGAAUGGGACUGGAAGGCCAAAAGCCAUUUUAUCUAGAGUAACAUAUGAUAUUUAUAUCUUGUCUGUAUUGGGUUAAAUGGUGUAUAGUUUCACAAAUCAAUCUGCAUCUGCCAUCUUCUAAAGCUUUGGUUAGAUAAUAAACUGUGAAUUGAAGUAAUGAUAAACAAGGACUUUUGUGACCAUUAAGCCAAGUUCUGCAUGAUCUUCAUUUACAAAUGCACCUAGGACACGCAAAAGAUCAUGCAACAUGCAAGUAGUGAAUAAAGCAUUUUCAUUUGUUGGAUUUUACAUGCACGGUUCCAGAAUAGAAUCAUAAAGAUUCCACUAUUAGACAUGCAUAUUAUAGUAUAGUUGUAGCAUGCUAUCAUAUAGCAGAAAACAAAUUUCUUCAUCCUCCCUUUUUUUUCAUUCUCUAUUGUCCCCUCUAUUUCCUUUUAAAUAAUCUUAUUGCAGUUACAAAACAGAAAUUCCAUGUAAGAUCUAUGCCUUAAACAGAGACAUAGGCACGAUAACUAGGCAUGUGUAUCUUGAUGUUAGUUGUAGCGUGCUAUCAAAAUUACUUCAUCCUCCUUUUUUUUUCAUUCUCUACUGUCCCCUUUAUUUCCUUUUAAGUAAUCUUAUUCUAGUUACAAAACAGAAAUUCCAUGUAAGAUCUAUGCGUUACACAGGGGCAUAUAAGCAUGAUAAGUUGGCAUGCAUAUCUUGAUGUCAAUCAUGCGAGAAAUACUAUCAUAUAUUUUUUGCACAUAGGCACAUUACCUUUUUUCUUCUCUCUUAUUUCAUUUCUGAUACCUAUAUGCAGAGAUAAUGCAUGCAUAUUUGAUUAGUAUUCAGGCAUGUAAUUUCCAAACAUUCAACAUGCUAGCACCUUGAGAAACAAAAUGUCAUGUAUAAUUUUGUCAUGCUUUCAAAAUAUAAUAUUGCCUGUCCAGCAUGGUAAUGGUGCUUUACAUGUCUAAACUGCUGCAUGUAAGGCAAUAACAUAAUCAUGUGUAGUAAGAAUAAUGCAGAUGUGCCACUUGGGGUAAUCGACCUCUUCUUUGAGGCACCAAGUCUCCCUAAUAUUUGUUAGGGUAGCAAAAUAAAUAAGACCAACUGUGUGCACAAUAGUAUGCUUCAUGAAAGCUUGUUUUGAUUUACAGGUCUGUUGCCUUCAAUCCUUCCAGGCUCAAUAACCAUAGCUUUGAUACCAUGUUGGAACUUUUUGUUCUGCUGAGCAUUUGAACCCAUCAUCAAUGGAUUUGCUUCGAGGGACCACAUUUGUUUGUGUUUUCACACAUACACAUGAAGAGAAUGUUAGGCUCUUAUAUCUAUCUAACCUCCUUGGAUUCCUGGAGGGUCAAACUAGGGAGCUACAUGCUAGUGGGAACAUCUUAUUCUGUUUUUCUUGUAUCUACUUUAUUAAGGAUUGUAACUAAUCUCAUAAUGGAGGAGCAGACCUUCUCAACCAUUACGAGAUCUUGAAUUAGCUCAUGCCCACAACCCAAUAUUGUUGACAUAUCUUCCAAAUCCAGAAUCGUUGCCCAUGGCGUUGAAGAUUCAAAAGAAGUUCAUGCUAUCGCGACAACUCUCACUCGAACACCUGCGGCCCCUGAUCACUCAUCAUCAUUGUCCCUCUAAUCUCUACCACCUUCAGUCUAUGAAACAAGAAGCUGUAGUAUUCCCUAUAAGCGAUGACAUCAUUACUGAUCCUGCCUUCUCCCCAAUAUGCACCAUGCCUCCUAGUGAAAAGAUAAGAAAGAAGAAGAAGUCAACGAUGAAAGACCCCCAAAGUUUGACUUUGACCAAUGAAACGUAUGCCACCAAAACAACAUUAGCUUCCAUCAAGGAGCCUCCUUUCCACUCCUCUCUUCCCUUCGACUUCCAAUAUUCCUAUUCUGAGACUAACCCUUCUAUGAAGCCCAUUAGCUUUAGGGAGCCGAAAUUCUCGCCCUUUGGUCCUGGCAAGCUCAACCGAAAAUGGACAGGGUGGUCAGCACCUGUGAUUGCAACACCAAUGGGUGCCCCAGGCUCAGAGGCAUUCAACAUGGAGGAGUGGAAGAGGAGCGUGCUUGGAGAGCCUUUGACUGAAAGAGAAGUGGAAGAGCUCUUCAACAAGUACGGUCAUAGUGCUUGCAUGCGGCAGAUUAAUCUAGGUAGGGGUGGUGUAACUCAUAACAUGCUUGAUGACGUCCACAACCAUUGGAAGAGAGCAGAAGCCAUAAGGAUCAAGUGUCUGGGAGUGCCCACCUUGGACAUGGAUAAUGUAUGCUUUCAUCUUGAGGACAAAACUGGGGGAAAGGUCAUCUCUCGAAGGACCAACAUCCUCCUUUUGUAUAGAGGCAGGCAUUAUGACCCCAAGAAGCGACCUGCCAUCCCUCUCAUGCUUUGGAAGCCCCACGCUCCCAUCUAUCCUAAGCUGGUGAAGUAUGUACCAUCAGGUCUAACAUUGGAACAGACAAAGGAGAUGAGAAGUAGGGGACUCAACUCACCUGCUUUGAUUAAGCUAACUCAAAAUGGUGUAUAUGUGAAUGUGGUGGAGAAAGUUCGACAGGCCUUCAAGAUGGAAGAGGUAGUGCGGUUGGACUGCACUUACGUUGAAAAGAACGACUGCAAGAAGAUUGGCGUGAAGCUAAGGGAUCUCGUGCCUUGUGUUCCUCUCUUAUUCAAGAACGGACAAAUCAUAAUCUGGAGAGGGGAGGGGGGUAAUUCUAUAGGACAACAAAUGGACAACACAGUCCCGACACCAUCUACAAUGGACAAUCCCUGCUCUUCUUGAGAUGCAAAUGAAGCAUGGUGCAACAUAUAAUAGAACGAAUAUCCCAUUUCAAGAAAAAAUCUUCUUCAGCAACCCUCGCCAAACAAAGAAAGGACGAUAAAAAAAGGGAUCGGAUGAGACAGGUACAGCGAGAACGAGAGGAGAAUGGUAAGUGGGAAACCUCAGGUCCUAGAGGAACUUAGGACAUUCAACCAAUUCUUUAUCUGUCAAUGUAGCACCUCUGGGACGCAAAUCAGCUUCCUUCUGCAAAUGUUGUCAAGAAGAUCGGUGGUCUCUAUUUUUUCUCCUUUUUACUGCAUUAAAGGGCAUUGUUCAGUGAUGUGUCACACAAAUUCUGCUUGUACAUGCGACCAACUUUUAUGAAAACACCCAAAUUCUGUGGCGUUUUAGAUUUAUGUUAUAUUUGUCACAAACAUGCUUGCUUCUAGGCUGUUGCGCUAUGCAAUAAAAUCUUGUACAAACACUUGAUAUUUGUUAUCCAUAAGCCAUACUGCUGGAGUACAUAGUCUUCGAUUCUUA